AUGAAGCUUCUCUACAUAUGUGACACACGCUUUUGCACAUUCAACUCGAGGGAUAAAAAAUACUUGUUCAAAUAUUGGGCCCACUCCUUGCAGGAUUUGCUCAAUAACAGCAGUCAGAGGGGUAUUCGGUUGUGGCUCGUUUGCAUAAACCUGAUUGAUUACAUCGACGUGCUAACCUUCUCUGACCCAUUCGACUAUGAAAAUGUGAAAAGGGCAUUGGACAAUAUAUCUCCUCAUUUUGAUUUCAGUGAAAACAAUUCCAGACACGGAAACGAUAUGGCAGUGGAUCCACUCAUAACCUUUUUGAGGAACAGUGAAAACAUCUCAACAAUUAAGGAGUGCGACAAAGUCGCCAUUGUAUCUUGCAACAUUCACCUAUGGGAGGAGAGAAUUCCAGAAUUGAAACUUCUCGCAGAUGCAUUUCGCACCAGCGAGUGUAAAUUUUACCUCUUCAAUGUACACAAAAUCAUGGCAGAGGGGAAGAACAAACUACCUCAGCUGAGGCAUGCAUUGGGGGAAUACCCAACCUUCUUCAUCAAAAAUGUUCCAUUGAAUAAAAUAAAUAUUUUGCAAAUGUCCAAGGAGAUAUUAUCCAUCACAUUUGUCGUUUCGUUCACCCUCAGCCUACAAAACGAGCUCGUACUGAAGUGUGAGGGAAGACCUCUGGUGGCAGAAGUCGGACACUCUGCCUUCAUGGGGCUGAGCAAAUUCCCCGUUGUGUUUGACAUACGGGCAAAGGCGCUAAGGGAAGGCAUCUCACAGCACUUGAUAUAUGGGAUACCCAUUUUUUUAAGCGACAUACCUGGGGGUGGGGAAAAUUUAGUGUCGCUAGAACGCCUAUCAAGGGAGCUCCACGAAAAUGAGCAAGUUAUUAUCCUUAGAUCGAACAUAAACCCUAUGGAUUUGAAAACACACGAAAAGGAGGUUCGCUUCUUAUGGGUUGGGACUCCGAUGACAAAGGCGGAAACGUCCAUGGCCCUAUGUUUGCACGGAUUAGCUACCCAAGAAACGUAUUCCCUGUCGAUCGAAGAGUUUUACAAGGAACACGUUGAACAAAAAAAUGAGCACCUCUCAGACGAAAAGAUAAAAGAAAUAUUUAACUUUUUAAUUUUGGUGGAUGAAUUUAACCCAUUGGACUACAGCAACGAGCGAUUUCAGUAUUCCUUCAAGUCUGUGCGUGAUUCGUUGAUGCCCCUCUCCCCCAGGAAUGAACUUUCAAAGAAAAGGGAUAGAAAGAAAAAAACAACCGUCUUAAAAUAUGCUGCGCUGGAUGAUGCCCCUGCGGGUGCACAGAAUGUCAUGCCGCCUAGCCGUCGUGGAAAUUUGCCUACUCGAAAACAUAACCAGUCGACCAAAGGCAAUGGAAUUCUGGACCCUAGAUCACUUCUCCUAGCCAACAUGAAUAAGGCCUUCCAAAAGAACAUCAUAUAG